UGAUGCAGUCAAUCCGAGCGGGGCUGGGUUUCCCGCCCUCCGGGGGGCGUGAGGCGGGCGGUGCUGUCUGAGCCGCUGUUGUAGGCGGCGCGGCGCCGCUGCCCAUGAACGUCUGUGAGGCGCCUCUUGAAGCUUCUCCUCAGGCGGUGGAAGCGCUUGGCCCUGCAUAACUGCAAGGGUGUCUUCUUCAUACAAAAGACCCUCGUGAGAGAAGUGAAGUCUUGACUACAUUGCAGAACGAGAAAGAUGAUGUUUGCAGCUUUUAAAUAUUGUGCAGUAGACUAUUUAUAUGAGAAUAUGGCAAGGCAGACAUUUUUCAUUGACCGAUUAUCACUUUACAUUCCUCCCUGUUUACAUCAUGAGGAGAAUUAUUACCAUAGUGGAGUCUUUGCUGAUGACAAGUAUAGGAGGCCUUGGACUAGAAUUUCAAUUGCUUUGAUGCAAGAAAUGAUGGAUAUUUCAGUGCUGGAUCAAUGGAAGAAAAGUUUAUAUGUGGAGGAUUUCCUGGAAAAGAAACCAGUUUAUGACACCAAGCCCUAUAUUAAUAAUGAACUUCUAGAAGUUGUUCCAAGUUCAAAUCCCUAUUCACAGACUGACAUAGAAGAAGCCUAUUUGCUUAUGAAAAAUGACUGGAAAGAAGAUUCCACUCAAAUCAAUUUUUUACCGCCUGCCUGUUUCCUAGCACUUAAACUACAAGCUGAAGAUUUAUAUAUUGCUGAUGAACUUGUUUUCGUUGAUAAUUUGGAAAAGUAUUGUAAACAACUUCCGGCUCUACAUGUACUUUUGAGCAGACUAAAAAUUUUUUUAGUCAAGGAUCCUCUUUUAAAUCCUAAAGAAGAGAAUUUCACAGAAGAGGACAUUUUCAAGGAAAGUUUUAUGUUUCAAAGUGACAUGGAAACUCAUGAGAUUGAAAAGGAACUGCACACAAUUAAAGAGCAUUUUUGUCAAAUAUCUUUAAAGGAUGCAGAGUCACUAAUGCUACCUGUUAUGUUAGAAUCCAACAAAUCAAACAACUUUAGAGAGAAAGCUGAGAUUCCACCAUACUUAGAACUGAAACAUUUAUUAAACUUAACUCCAGAAGAUAUAGUGAAUGAGAGCACUGGAAAAGUUAGUUACACUUUAUGUCCUCAAAAUGAACUGGAAAUAACUCUAACUCCUCCAUGCAAAUCACAAAGAUCACAGCUGAAUUCACUGUGUGCUGGACUUCAGGCAGAACCUAUUUCUCCUGUUAGUAACAGUAUUUUGAUUACAGAGUCAAAUAAAGAAUACUUAGAGUGCUUGCUGUGGCAGUCGGAGAAAUAUCAAAAUGCCAUGAAUUCUCUUUUGCUUGAAGAGCAUCCAGCUGCUGAACAUACAUGCCAACAUUGUUCAGUUACAGAAUUGAAGAAGUUACUAUCUGUUAAAGUAGAAACACCAGUGUUUAGCCCAUUGAAAUCAGACUGGUGGCUUUACUCAGGAUUAAAUCUGGUAUCACCAGAUGUUUUAGAGCAAUUAGUAAACACAGAUUUGGCUACUGCAAAUAGCCUGCUUCCUACUCAGGUGGAAACAUUCUCACAAAUUAUAUCAGCUCAGUUAGAAAGAUGGCUUGAAGAAAAAAAUUCCAUUAGUAACCAAGGAUUGCUUUCUGCUGGUGCACAUCACAAGGACAAAACAACAAAUUUACAUUUCAGACCUCAAAAGAAAAACCAGUGCUCUCCAUUACAUAUGAAGACAGCAGAAUGUGGUGUCAUACAUGAUGCAAGUACACCUGCUGAAAAGCUAACAAGAGAAGAGAUAGAACAAAAUAAGAUAGAAAGACCAACACAUUUCCUAAACCAAGAGAAAGAAGACAAGAAUAACCUUGAAUCCCUCAGCUGUAAGGAAGUAUCUUUUGAACCAAACAGCUCUUCAAGAAAUGAAAGGAAUACACCAGCUGAACUGACCAGAAAAUGUGAUGAUGGUUCUGACCUUUUGAGCAACUUCAUUAUGCUGAGAUCUAAACAUGUACUUAUCCAAAAUGAAGAAAAGAAUAAUGUGGCUGGUCAAAAAGAGGUUCUCGAAAAUGAAGAAGAGCGUUCACAAAUUCUUAAACAAGACAUUCCGGCUGCUUACAAGGCUGUGCUGAAAAAGAAACCAGAACAGGAGACUCAAGACAGAGUUUCAAUCCAAGUUCAAGCCUCAGAGGGCCAGUGCCAGGCAUACCACGUCUUAGCAGCCGCCGCCACUCCUGUUCUAAAAGAGUUGAUGGAUCUUGGCAUGCUUGCCUCAAAGAGUUGGAGGUUUGCUGCCGUUAAAUUUGACCACACUAGAUUCUUCUUAAGACAGCAGGAGAAAGUGAUCUGUGAUGAUUUUAAACAAGGAAAAACAAGUGAGAAGGAACUAAAGCUGUUCAGACAUGCUGCCCAAGUACACCUACUGGUAACAGUUAGAGAUCUCCUGUUAAUGUGUGAAUUAGACAGAGCAUUAGGGUAUUUGUCCAAGGCAAAGGAUAUCUAUAAAAGCAUCUUUGGUUCUUGUUUGGAUAAUAUUUGGAGACAGCUGGAGAUUAUACAGUUUAGCAGGCAGAAAAAGCAUGAAACCAACCCCAAAUUAAUAGCACUUCACCAUCAUAUGUUAAACUGGAUGCAGAGUAAUACAGAGGAACAUAAGGUUUUAAUAAUAACAAGAAUGGACUCAGAUAGUGAAAAGACUGCCCUCAUUGACAUACUUACUUCAAUAGAAGGUAAAUGCUGCUUAUGCGUGUUCUUAUGUAUAACAGUCAAGACAUCAAAACUGUUCUCCAGUCUGAUUCUUCUUAUCUUUGAGUACAUCUCAUCCCACUUGCCUCCUUUUCAUACAUCUAUAUCAUUCUUCCUAUUCUCUUUUCCACUUCUGUUUCUGUGCCGUUUAAAAACCAUGGAUUUGAAUCCUGAGAAAAGAGGAGCUUUGUUAGAAUGCAAAAGUGUCAUUAACAGUUUAAAUAAAUGCUCCUGUGCUAUUGUAAAUUAUCAGCAUAUCGGAGCUGACUUCCCUUGGACUCAUUUCUCUCUAGUGGUGGAGUUUGAUUAUACAGAGAACUCUUGCUGGAAUAAGCUCUGCAAAAAUCUGAACAUUCCUUAUAUAACUUUUAAAACUACUCUCCCAGAAACUGUUGUAAUGAAAAAUGUUUCAGGUAAUCACUUUGGCUCCUUCCUUCUGGAGACUCAGAUUCCCUAUGUAUUUUUUACAUCUGAGGGACUUCUUAACUCACCAGAAAUCCUUCAGCUUCUGGAAUCCAAGUAUAACAUCACUUUUGUUGAAAGAUGUUGCAGUGAGUCAUUACAGCUUUUUGAAGACACAGAUCGAUAUGUUGUGUUGACAAUAGAUGAACACACUGCUAUAGUUUUGCAGAAUGUGGAAGAACUAAGCUGUGAGAAAUCUGCCGACAAUAUCAUACUGAGACUGAUAGCAUUGUCUCUCCAGUACAGCAGCUGCUGGAUCAUUUUAUACUCCAGAGAAAGACUGAGUUCAGAGUACAGUCUAACAGGAAAGACUCUGCAUCAUCUAGCCUUAAUAUAUGCAGGUUUGAUUUCAUUUGCACAGAAAUCUGAAGACUUUGAAGUGAAGUUGGCUCUUGCACCAGGGAUUGAAGAGACAGCAUUGUUAAUUCGUCAGAUUGCUGACAGCAUUCUGGUAUCUUCCCAGACAAAUCCCCACGAGUGGCUGGACAAAUCAUGGCUUUCUGUCUUGCCAACUGAGGCAGAGAAGCACUUACUUGCUUUUCCAUGCCUGAACCCUCUAGUAGCUCAGCUCAUGUUGAAAAGAGGGUCUUCACUGAACAGGCUUUUGUCAGCGACUUUUGACGAACUUCAGGAACUCCUGCCUGAGGUUCCAGAAAAGGUGUUAAAGCUUUUUAGUGAUAUCACUUCUCUAUACCACCUAAAUUCUUCCACUUCCACCAAAACACUAGUGAGGAUUGUAUCGCCCCAAGAAACCUGGAACUCGUCUAACACCUUUUCUCCGGCUUCAUUUCCCAAGUCUUUGAUCUCCAGCAUUCAAGGAGACCAGAAGGAUCAGUGUUCAGAAUUGCCUGAUAAUGUACAGAACACCAUAAAUCAGUACAAAAAUGGAUUUGGUUCUCCACUGAAAUCAAGUGAAAGCCAAAGAAUUUUAGCAUCUUCACUACCUUAUUAUGGAUGGGUCAGUUGUCCUGAAGAAACAGAUGGUAGUGAAAAUAGUCAACAUUAUCUUCCUUCUCUGAGAAAUGUAGCAACAGAGAGAGCAGUUAGUCCCUCAUUUUUAAAACAGAACAAUUCAAAUAUAUUCACUCCUUCAGUUCAUAUGAAUCAUGAAGCCAGAAUCCCACCACUGAGUCACAGCCAAGAUGUCACUGACUCCAACCUUUCAAGUUACUUGCAAAAAGAGUUUCAUGCUUCAAAUGCAGCAGUAGGCGGCAAGCUGGAUACCUCUGAUUCCUCGGUCCUUCCAAAGAACUCGGAGGCCUUUGCUCAUCAGGAUAUUAACAAUCAUUUCUUUCACGUACAGACACAACCACUGAUAAUGCAUUGUAACUCUGAUCAGGCUUCCAAGCAGGCAUGGUAUCUUGUCUCUAAAAAAGAUGAUUUUUUUGCAAGCUUUAAUGAAUUUCCAUUCCAGAGAAGUUCUAAGAAUUUUCUAGAAAAAUUUGCAGGGAUGGCAGACAGCAGUGCAGGAGUUCAGGAUAAGGGGACUGUCUGGCCUAAGUAUCCAUCUGAUCACACACUGGAUUCAUUGGCACCUCACUUCAGUCUCUGUGAUUCAUUUGCUAAUCCAAAUGAACAAAGAAAUCUAAAUUUUUACCCAAAAGCUAGAGAAUCUUCAAGAAAGAGGCAGCCUGGUGAAUCUUUAUUAAACCAUAAGGAAAAAGAUGUUUUAACAGGUUUAGGACUUGUACAGGUACCACAGCUUAAGAAAAAGCGACUGACAUUUGAAAAAGUACCUGGAAGAAGUGAUGGACAAACACGUCUUAAAUUCUUUUGAAGGAAAUUGAGAAUUAGAUAUGACAGAUUUUUUUUAAUUGUGUGGAAUAUUUCAAGGCAGCCAUUUUAAAUAAUUUAAUAAUUACUUUUGCCCCAGUUUUCUGGUAAUUUUCAUAUGCUGAGAAGUUAUUCGGUUAAGGAUUUGCGUUAUUAAUUAAUAUUAUUUUUUAAAUAUUUUACCAAACAAGUUAGUUGCUUAAACCUGGAGAACUACUAGAAAGAAAUGUCUGUUCUUAGUGAUAAAUAAAAGAUCAUUUUA